AUGUGUCAGUGCGUCAACAACCGUAACCGCCAACGCGACGCCGCCGAGCGAGAGCGACGCUGCCAGUACGACGAGGAACACGGCGACUCCGACAUUGACUACCAGAACAGCGGUCGCAGGGGUGACAACCGCCCACGACAUCCUCGCCGCGACAACGACCCCGGCAAUGACCUCGACGGCUUCUCCGCCUUCUCUCGCCCGCUCCGGGCCAUCCAGUGGCCCGCCACCUUCAAGCCUACUGGGAUCGAGAAGUACGAUGGUGAGUCGGACCCCAAGACGUGGCUGUGCACCUACUCCAUCGCCGUCCGAGCUGCCCGCGACGACAACGACAUCAUGGCCGCCUAUUUCCCGGUCAUGAUGGGUCCCCAAGCUAUCAACUGGAUCGAAGCACUUCUCGCCGGCUCCGUCAACAGCUGCCAGGAUCUCUGCAGCACCUUUUACUACCAGGCAUCUUGCCCGGGUCCCAAGACCAGAUGGGAUCUGGCCAGUGUUGUGCAGCAACUGGGCGAGUCCCUCCGCAACUACAUCAAGAGGUACUUUGCUAACUGUAAUACCAUUACAGAAGCUGAUGAUAGGGACGUCAUCCUCUACUUCAACGAAGGCCUCCACAAUAUCGAAUUGUGGAGGAAGAUGUUCCAGACCUACCCCAAGACCGUGGGCAACAUGAUGACGAUCGUCAACAAGCACGCCGACAUGGAGGAAGCUGAGCGGGCUCGCCGCCGGCACAAGAACGACUACUCCGAGCAUCCCCCUCAGCGGGAAAACCGCUCGGAACACCGCCGUGAUGACCGCCCACCUUGCCAACGGAAGAAACACGACUGCGUCGAGUCCUCCAAGAACCAGGACCGCAAGCGUGGCCCCGAGAACACCGUCGCCAUCGCCGAAAAACCCCAGUUCCGCUCCACCCUCAACCAAGCGGACCUGCAUCGACUCCUGGAUGGCAAGUGUCCUUGGCACAAGGACGCAAACCACACUGCCCGGGAGUGCCGAGCACUCUCCAACUGUGUUAUCAAGGACGACGACCCCACCACGACGACCGCGACAGACCGGAGGGAAGACUCCCCAGGGAACUUCCAGGAAGAAGAUAGGGCCGUCAACUUCAUAUAUGGUGGCCCUAGCAAGCCAGCAUGCCGGCGCAAGCUCAAGCUGGACGACAGAGAAGUCAACCUAGUGUUCAAACACCCGCUUGAACCCCUCCGGUGGUCGGAAACGCCGAUAACCUUCGACCGCUGCGACCACUGGGUCCACCUGCCCAGGCCGGGUGCCUACCCCCUUGUGGUCAGCCCUGUGGUAAGCCAGGUCCGCCUGGUCAAAGUACUCGUCGAUGGUGGCAGCGCCCUCGACAUCAUCUUCGCCAGCACGCUGCAGAGCAUGGGCUACGACAUGGCAUCCCUGGUCCCAUCUGACCAGGCUUUCUACGGCAUCAUCCCCGGAGCUAGGUCGACCCCGGUCGGCCGGGCCACCCUGCCGGUCACCUUCGGCACCCGCGACAACUAUCGCACCUUCGGUACCCUAUAUAUAUAUUUCUAG